GACUCAUUCGAACAGGUCCGUUUCCGUAUCCCUGUUCUGGAUGGAGAAUUUCGUGGUACCGGAGAUCUUUUUGCCGCCCUCACAUUAGCCCAUCUGGAACGCUCGCGAGACAAGAACGAAUCUGUUGGCUCCAUGAUUAAUACGUUUCAACAAGUGAUCAGUACAAUGCAAGCCGUACUCCGACGAACAUUACAGAUGGCAGAACAAGGUUCUACCCCGAGUCAACCGGUGCAGUCGUCAGCUCAACUGGAACUCAAACUGAUUCAAAGUUUGGACGAUAUUCGCCAUCCACCGGACGGCGAAUACUAUGCCGAGCCGNGAGCCGAUCCAGCCGCAACCGAAAAUCGAGGAUUGAUUGAAUCGCACGCGUUCCCACUCCCCUAG